AUGAAUUCAAAUGUUGUGAAAAAAGGAUACAUUUCUGUUAAGGAAGAUGGUUUAAGAGCUUUUUUGUGGUCAAAAAGAUGGUUAUUAUUAAGAGAACAAACUUUAACAUUCCAUCGUAACGAGAGGUCUCCACUUAGCGGUGUCUCAAAUCCAACAAAUUUUGUUCAUAAUGUACAUGUAGGCUUUGAUCCAGUCAGUGGGAUGUUUACGGGAAUGCCUGAACAAUGGACAAAACUUUUGACGACCUCAGCUAUAACGAAAGAAGAUUAUGAAAAAAAUCCACAGGCUGUUUUAGAUGUUUUAGAAUUUUAUACAGAGAAUCAGAAAAGAGAACGUGAAGAAUUCAAUGACCAUGGUUUUUUAGGGCCAAUUCCAGGACUUACAAACAAUCCAGAUGAUAAAUGGGCUGAUCUUUUACCAAGAAAUAACAAUAUGCCACAAAAGAUUCAAAUAACAGAUGUAACGGAUCCUUCCAGGAAAAUGUAUUAUGAUGACAAUCAUCCAGUUAAUCCACAAAAUCGUCCACCAAUUACUCCAAGGCCACCAAAUACUCUGAGCUCAAAUACUUUACGAGCACCACCAAGUCCAAAUCCUUCUAUUUCAACCCCUUCAUAUCAACAACAUCAACAACAUCAAUCUUCUCAUUCACAAACAUCUCAAUAUUCAUCAGACAAUUAUAACAAUCCUCAACAAUCACAUAUCUCGCAUCAAAAUUCUAAAAUUCAAAAGAAACCAGAAAGAAGAAUUAGCACAAUGACAGAAGCGCAAAUUAUGGAAAAAUUGAGAUCUGUCGUAUCACAAGGUGAUCCAACAUCAUUAUUCAGUAAAAUCAAAAAAGUUGGUCAAGGUGCUUCUGGUUCAGUUUAUGUUGCUAAAUCUCAUAAAACUAGUUCAAAAGUUGCUAUAAAACAAAUGGAUCUUUCGCAUCAACCACGAAAAGAACUGAUUGUAAAUGAAAUUCUUGUAAUGAAGGAAUCUCAACAUCCAAAUAUUGUAAAUUACCUUGAUUCAUAUUUGGUAAAAAAUAGUGAACUUUGGGUUGUGAUGGAGUAUAUGGAAGGUGGUGCUUUAACAGAUGUGAUUGAUAAUAACACAUUAGAGGAAGAUCAAAUUGCUACCAUAUGCUUUGAGACUUGUAAAGGACUUCAACAUCUUCAUGGACAGAAUAUCAUUCAUCGUGAUAUUAAAAGCGAUAAUGUCUUAUUAGAUGCAUAUGGUCAUGUAAAAAUAACUGAUUUUGGGUUUUGUGCCAAAUUAACUGACCAAAAAAAUAAGAGAGCAACGAUGGUUGGUACGCCAUAUUGGAUGGCACCUGAAGUUGUUAAACAAAAAGAAUAUGGCGCAAAGGUUGACAUUUGGUCUCUUGGAAUUAUGGCAAUUGAAAUGAUAGAAAAUGAACCACCAUAUUUAGAUGAAGAACCAUUGAAGGCUUUAUAUUUAAUUGCUACAAAUGGAACUCCAACUUUAAAAAAGCCAGAUAAAUUAUCUCGUGAACUUAAAAGCUUUUUAGCUGUUUGUCUGUGUGUAGAUGUUAAGAGUAGAGCAACAGCUUUAGAGCUUUUAGAUCAUGACUUUCUUAGAAAAUCUUGUCCGCUAUCAGAUCUUGCACCUUUACUUAAAUUCAAGACUGGGAAAUAA